AUGUCUUCCCCCGACCUCAAGGCCUCCAAGGAGGCUCCCGCCAGCCAGCGCGUCUCCACCAGCUCCAGCGAUGACCGCCCCGUGUGGCACAACUCGGACGGCCUGCACCGGCGGCUGGACAACCGGCAGAUCCAGCUCAUCGCCAUCGGCGGCACCAUCGGCACCGGCCUGUUCGUGACCAUCGGCGAGGGCCUCGUCAAGGGCGGGCCCGGCAACCUGCUCCUCGCCUACACGCUGUACGCCUGCGUCGUGGCGCUCGUCAACAACUCCAUCGCGGAAAUGUGCACCUACAUGCCCGUGUCGGGCGGCUUCAUCCGCCUCGCGGGCGUGUGGGUCGACGAGGCCCUCGGCUUCAUGGUCGGCUGGAACUACUUCUUCUACGAGGCGCUGCUGAUCCCGUUCGAGGUGACCGCGCUCAACCUCGUGCUCUCGUUCUGGAGCGACAAGGUCACCGAGCCCGGUCCCACGGCGGGUAUCUGCGCGGCCAUCAUCAUCGCAUAUGGUAUCAUGAAUGUGGCUGCUGUGAGCGUGUUUGGUGAAGCGGAAUUCUGGCUGUCCGGCGGCAAGGUGAUACUCAUCUUCAUCCUGUUCCUGUUCACGUUCAUCACUAUGGUCGGAGGCAACCCGGCCCACGAUGCCUACGGCUUCCGGUACUUUACCAAUCCCGGAUCCUUUGCGACGUAUCUUACUGCCGGUGACACGGGCCGCAUGGAAGGCUUCAUGGGAGCUCUGGCCACUGCCACCUUCACCGUCGUCGGCCCGGACUACAUCUCCAUGAUCGCUGCCGAGGCCAAGCACCCCAGCCGGUACAUCAAGUCGGCCUUCAAGACCGUCUACGUGCGAUUCGGCCUCUUCUUCUUCGGCGCUGCUUUGACAUGUGGAAUCGUGCUGCCCCACAACGACCCGGUCCUCCAGAAGAUCUACCUCGGCGGCGGCUCCGGCGGUGGCACCGCCGCCGCCUCCCCCUGGGUCAUGGCGAUGGAGAACCUCAAGAUCCAAGGCCUGCCCCACCUGGUGAAUGCCCUGCUCUUCACGACAAUCUUCUCCGCCGGUAACACGUACACCUACUGCGCGACCCGGUCCCUCUACUCCCUCGCCGGCGACGGCCGCGCCCCGGCCUUCCUCCGGAAAACCGCCAAGAACGGCGUCCCCAUCUACUGCUUCUGCAUCACCAUGAUCUUCCCCAUGCUGUCCUUCCUCCAGUGCGGCAGCGGCUCCGCCAAGGUCCUCAAGUGGCUGCUGGCGCUCAUCACGGGCGGCGGCGUCAUCAACUACAUCGUGAUGAGCAUCACCUUCCUCAACUACCACGCCGCGUGCAAGGCCCAGGGCGUCGACCGCCGCACCAUGCCCUACUACGGCUACCUCCAGCCCUACGGCGCCUGGGUCGCCCUCUUCCUGCAGACCAUCGUCGUCCUCACCUACGGCUGGUCCUCUUUCCGCCCGGCCUUCGACGUCGGCACAUUCUUCUCAAACUACACCAUGCAGAUCGUGGCGCCCCUGCUGUUCAUCGUCUGGAAGGUCGUGAAGCGCACAAAGUACAUCAAGCCCAAGGACGUCGACCUCGUCUUUGACCGGCCCCUCCUCGACAGGUACGAGGAGCACCUGCUCGCCCGCGAGCCGCCCAGCAGCUUCUGGAAGGAGAUGGUGCAGAUGGUCGGAAUUGGGCGAAAGAAAGUUAUUGACGGCGAGAAGGCGUGA